AUGUGCAUUUCUUCAGUCCCCAUCUGCAACCUCAAAGAUCCUCUUCCAAUUGUUCAUAAGUAUUAUCAAUCAGGGGAUUUAAUCAUUGCUGCUAUCAUUUAUCAGGUGUUAUUUGUUUCAAAUGAGAUCACUUUUCAAAGUGUUCCUUCACACAAUGUCCUUGAUCAGUAUCUGUUCCUCACUCAUAAUUACCAACAUAAUUUGGCUUUGGCAUUUGCUGUAAAAGAGAUCAAUAAAAAUUCUAGGAUUUUACACAAUAUUACCCUGGGUUUCCACAUCGCUACCGAUUAUUUUGUUGACAUUACAACUUAUCAAUUAGCAAUGGAAUUUCUAUCUACAAAAGAUAAAUUUAUUCCCAACUACAAAUGUAAUGACCAGACCAAUACACUAGCUGUCAUCGGGGGACCCCGUACUAAGACCUGUGUCAACAUGGCAACCGCUCUUUCUAACUACAAGUUUCCUCAGACGUUGCCUCUUUCCAUCUGUAACAAGAAAUGUCCUCUUGGCCAUAGCAAGAUAAAAGUGGAAGGGAAAUUAUCUUGCUGCUAUGACUGUAGAUGCUGUCCAGAAGGGAAGAUAGCUGAUCAAACGGACUUAGAUGAUUGUUUUCCAUGUCCAGAAGAUUGUUAUCCAAACAAAGAUCAGGACAGUUGUCUUCAAAAAACUAUAACUUAUUUGACUUAUCAAGAGCCUUUGGGGAUUUCUUUGAUGGUCACAGCCGUCUUCUUGUCUUUCACCUCAAUUUUAGUACUGGGGAUCUUCAUUAAACACCAGGACACUCCAAUUGUUAAAGCCAACAACAGGAACCUCACUUAUAGCCUUCUCAUUGCUCUCCUGCUCUCCUUUAUUUGCACUUUUCUCUUCAUUGGGCAACCAGACCAAGUCAAAUGUCUCUUGCGACAAACAGCUUUUGGCCUCAUCUUCUCUGUAGCUCUUUCUUGUAUAUUAGGGAAAACAACCAUAGUGGUUCUUGCUUUCAUGGCUACCAAGCCUGGUUCCAAAAUGAGGAAAUGGGUAGGGAAAAGGUUGGCUCUUUCUAUUGUCCUACCUUGCUCCCUGGUACAAUUUACUAUUUGUCUAGUGUGGUUGGCAACUUUCCCCCCUUUCUCUGAUUCUGACAUGCACUCCAUGGUUGAAGAAAUUGUCCUGCAAUGUAAUGAAGGUUCAACCACUAUGUUUUAUACUGUCUUUGGCUUUAUGGGGUUCUUGACAGCUAUCAGCUUCACUGUGGCCUUCCUAGCUAGGAAUUUGCCUGACAGCUUCAAUGAAGCCAAAUUUAUCACCUUCAGCAUGUUGGUCUUUUGUAGUGUUUGGGUGUCAUUUGUUCCAACUUACCUGAGCACUAAGGGAAAAUAUAUGGUGGCGGUAGAGAUCUUUUCCAUUUUGGCUUCAGCAGCUGGAUUACUGGUCUGCAUCUUUUCCCCAAAAUGCUAUAUCAUUAUUCUGAGACCUGACCUGAACAAGAAGGAGCAACUAAUAAAGAAAUGA